GGUGUAUAACGGAAACUCCCGUAUUCGUGAUCAGACUGUCUAUAAGACAACAACCCUCUCUCGAAGAGCGCUUUGAACGUGCAAUUCAUAUAUCUUUAUCAUCGAAAGGCUGAAAGUUAUUUGAAUAAGGAAGCAAGAUGCUUCAUAUUGCGAUAUCGUUUCUCGCUUUAACCUUCAUCAUAACAGUUUAUUCAGAAAAUGUGCUAAAAUGCUACAUGUGCACUUCAUUAUCAAAUGAAGGAUGUAGUUAUGAUAUGACAACGACUUCAUUGCAACCAGUGGAAUGCACCGGUAACAAAAUAGAUGAAUGGCAACGAAGCAUCCAACAACAUAAUGUUCUCAAAUCGGUUGCGCAUAUUUUCGCAAUUGAUGUAAUGGGACAUAAUUAUCCUCGUGGCACUCCUAUGGUUUGCGCUAAAGUGAUUCUUAAUAUUGCAAAACAAGAUGUUAUUGUAAGAACGUGCCAAACAACUAAAACAGAACACAUUGAUUCAUGUAAGAAGAUGGAAGAAAAACUAAAGGAUGAUUUAUCGAACAGAAUGCAAUGCGCACUUUGUAACAGAGACGCCUGCAAUAGCACAAUGUUCUUAUCUCCCGAAAUUUUUUAUAUUUUCUUAUCAUUCUUUUGCACUCUUUUUACUUUUUAUCGUUAAAUAUUUAUUAUUUUAUAAGAAAAGAUUCUGAAAAGAUUUACUGUAUAAUGAAUAAUACUCAUUAAAUAUAAUAUUUAUCUAUUUUAUAAUUUUAGCUCAAUAAUGGAAGUUAGACUUCUACAUAACUAGUAGAUAUUACACUUAUAAAUGGACACAACUCGACAUCCCAGAUAAUUUACAGAAUCAGUCUUUAAGUUUCAUUACUUUAAAUUAAACCUCAAAAAGUUUAUAAUUUGUUUAAUCUUUAGCUAAUUAAUUCUGUACAUCUUAUUAAUACAGACCAAUAAAACAUGACUUUACAUUCGUUAACUAUUAAUCGUUAAUUUAUUGAAGAAUCUGUUUUUUAUUUAUUUUGAAUAAAAUUUUAUUUUAAAAAAUUUUAUUUAUCAUAUUUGAACGUAUGUAUACAUGUAAUUAGAGGACUAUAUUUCACAAUAAAUUAAACUAUAAAUUAAGAAUUAUUGCGACAAAAUACUGUUCUGAAUCAGCGUUGUUGAUGUAUGAAAUAUUGAGAUCUAUUCUAUCUUAAAAAAGACACGUAAUGAAGCAUCUUUUCUGCGAUUGUCUUGUUAGAAAUUUUACUUAUAUUAAACAUUCUUAAACUUAUUUCUUAUGAAACUAAAAAAAAGCUUCUAAAGAGUCAAAUUUUGCAAUUUCAAUUUUUAAAGUAUUUUAAUAAAUACUAUCUCAUCCUUACUAGUUAUAGAUGUAAAUUGUAUUCAAACAUUGUAUUUUAUAGAAGCAAAUUUUGCUAUGACUUUUUUGGCGUUUUAUGAAGCCAUAACCCUUACUAAAAAAACAGCUUUUGCAAUUUGUUCUUUAAAACAUUGUAAUAAAUAAAAUUUAUCUGUACCUCAGCUAUAAUAUAAUAUAAUGCAAAUUGAGAUAGACAUGUGUAUUCAAAUCUAAAAUUCAGUUUACAAAAAACAAAAUUGUUUUAUUAUUUAUAUGACUGUAGAUUGUAAAUUUGUUAAAUUCACAUAAUUUCGAGUAAAACUCUUAAUCGAGAUGCCAAACUCAGGAUAAAGAAUUUUUAGUCAGAGACUAAAAUACAGUUUACGUGAUGAUAUAUAUGUGUUACUCCCAUAUACAUAUAAUUUAUAGCAGCAUACUUUACGAAUUAUCAUAUGUUAAUCGAUACUUUUAUUACUCAUAUUUAACCUACCCAUUUUAACAAUCAAUAAAUCAUAUAUAUGAAGUAUUUGUAAGCUGUUGCAAAUACUUUUGGUAUAAAAUACGAUAAAUUUUAUUGAAUCACUCUCUCAUUAAUUUAUUGCGUAAAUGACAGCAUAAAUAUAUGUCUUUUAAUUAGUAUGAUUUUAUUUUUGAAUAACAGCAAUUUUUCUAAAUCAUAUUGUUUAAAAUAUCUAUCGUAUUUAGGUAAAACUAUCCCUACUUUCGAUUUAAAUUACACAUUGUUUACUAUCAGAAUGUUAAAGUUUUCUAAGUUUUGCAUUGUAAUUAUAAGAGCAAAAUGUAUUGGAUAUUUGGUAUUCGAAAUAUAAAAUUUCAAAAUA